AGCCUACAGAAGGCUGACAUGAUCAAUAUUUUAACAGUUCACCUCACUUCACCUCGUAGGCUGAGAGCUUCUGUGUGAUGUUGAAGAGGAAAUUUUGUGGCAUUUUGUCCAUGGACCGCGCAUUCAACUAAUAAUUUAUUAGAAUUAUUAUAGGCUAGUAGUAAUAGUGUAGCAGUAACAUUUUUUACUGACUAGAUCAUAGAUCGGACCCCCCGAGUCCGGUCGCUGUCUGUUUAAGCACCUUGGAGAACUCCGCUCCACAGCAGAGCGCUCUGCAGAUGUUGAAUCGCGAUCGUGCGUAAACUACGUCAAAUCCGGAAGAACCAAAUGCUGCACUGCUUGGGCUGCCUUGUCUUCACCCUUUGUUGAUGAUAUCGGCUGUCUGCUAACGGUUUCAGGUUGUGCCUGCAUCGCGUUAUACUAGAAUCCUCUUUCCUCGCUGCCAGGAUCUCAGAGGUGUUAUGGAGGCUGCAGGGGAGAUUUAGAGUGAUGCUGUGUGGUUCAUAUUCUUCCUUCGCCUGAUCGGGUUUCACUGGAUUGGCCGAAGCAAAUGCCAUUCAAUACACUCUCCCAGCGUGCAUGGGUCGCGGUAUAAACAGCAUGGCCAUCACGCAUUCCAGUGGGUCUAAAUAUAUCUAUUAAGGCCACAGGAGGGGAAGGUCCGGUGUAGGGGGUUUAUCCUGGGACAUUUCACUGUCGUGGUGAACUCGCACCACUUGAAUUAUCUUCCAGAGAUUGACAAUCGGUUGUUGGACCCACAGAGGAGAACUUGCCCCUGUCCAAACAUGCCCUCGAGUUACAAUGUGAGAUCCAGGGCGCGGGAGAGAAACAGCGUCCUGAGCAGACCUGAGUUCAUGUCACUGAACCAACAGCCCCUCCGCGGCGGCGGCGGCCCCUCUGAGAGCCGAGGCACCGCAAAGCGACCGGGCCAGAUCAAGCACCAAACAAGCCAGCCGAGUGAAGAACCUACCGACAGUGGCAGCAAGGACAGGAGAGAGCCCAGCAAAAUGCCAGAGGAAGACUGUAUGCAGCUGAACCCUUCAUUCAAGGGAAUAGCGAUUAACUCCCUCCUGGCCAUAGACAUCUGUCUGUCCAAGCGCAUGGGGGUGUGCGCCUACAUGUCGUCCUCCUGGGGAGGCUGCCGCUCCAUGGUCGCCCUGUUAGCGCUCACAGGGCACGGCAUCACGUGGAUCAUUGGUACUAUUGUGUGUCUCACAAGGAGUAACACUCUGGCUGGGCAAGAGGUCCUGGUCAACCUGCUGCUUGCCCUCAUUCUUGAUGUCAUGACUGUGGCUGGAGUCCAGAGGCUGGUGAAGCGCAGAGGCCCCUGGGAGAUGAUGCCAGGCUUCCUGGACUGCAUCGCCAUGGACAUCUACUCCUUCCCUGCUGCUCAUGCCAGCCGGGCCGCCAUGGUCUCCAAGUUCCUGCUGUCCCACCUGGUCCUGGCUGUGCCGCUUCGCAUCCUGUUGGUGCUGUGGGCCUUUCUGGUGGGCGUGUCCCGGGUGCUGCUGGGGAAACACCACCUAACUGAUAUGGUGUGUGGCUUUGCACUGGGCAUGCUCCACUUUAACUUGAUGGAGACGGUGUGGCUCUCAUCAAGCACCUGUCAGACUCUUAUUUCCAUAAGCACGCUCAGCUGGAGCCCCUUUUUCUGAGCUUUUGAUAUAAGGCUAUGCUAGCGCACAAGGCUUAUUUGAUACAGUAACCUUGCAAUGUCAAGGACCUAGGUCUUUUUUUGCGAGGGUCCGAAGUUCUUAUUGCAGGUUGUGAACAGAGAAGCAUUAAUAUUUGUAAUCAGGUGCUGGCUUGCAUGUAACGCCCAAGACCUUACAAGACCUUUAUAAUGCUUCACAAACCCUGAUAUCUUCAGUCAAAUCGACUAAUACACACACCUCUGCUGAUCCUUAAUUUCAAUGCUAAUAAAUAGAAAUAAUAAUAAACAGAAAAUUAAGAUUAGAUAAUUAACUGCAACUGUACAUGUAGGAUUAAAGUUUUUGAUUUUUAAAGAUUAUUAAGAUUAUUAUUAUUAUUUGGAUUCUCAUAGAGUAUGGUACCAUUCAUCCGUAACCGAACCUCUUUCUAUUCAUCAAAUUCUCUCUUGAGUAGGUAUGCCUCUUCCUCCUUACCAUCCUACCUUUUACUUCCCCCUUCUCUUUGUUACCGCUUCCUCUUUUCUCAAUUUUUGUUUGUGCUUCUAUUCUGGGACAGUGAAAUUCUUAAACCAUGUUGAACACCGAAUAGAGUUUGGUAUACGGCUGUAAUAUUGGAUGUCACACUAAAACAUAUAGAGUGAUUGUUGUUUAGAUAUUCCACAUUGUUCCUAAUUGGCAUGACUAAUAUGUUUGUAUAUUUCUGAUGGGAUUCUGUUCUUUUUAUUGUAUGUUUAUCAAAUAUGAACUUAUUUUUGAUGCUGUUGAAUUUAGCUGCUUGUGUAAAACAAAUGUCACACGGAAUUUAAUAAUUUUCUGACAGGGUCAAAUAUAAUUUCCUUCAACAUGCCCUUUGAGCUUUAAUGAGUUUAAAUCGUUUUUUAUAGCAUAUAUUUCUCUUCAGCUCUUUCAUUUCAGACUGCUGCAGUCUGCACAUUAGCCUAACAGAUGCUUAUGGUUUGUCAGAGAUACUGAUUUUAUGCCCCACUAAACAACUGAAGUGUGUGUGUGUGUGUGUGUGUGUGUGUGUGUGUGUGUGUGUGUGUGUGUGUGUGUGCGAUUGUUGGCAUAUGAAGUAAAAAUAUCUAUUUGAAAUAUCAGUUUUUAACUAAUUAUACCUUUUUUAAAUGUGUUUUUUAUUGACUUUGAUUGAAAUCUGAUGGGGGUCUUUGUGGCAAAAAAAUGUCACUACAUUGGUUUGGUGUGUAAAUACAGUUUUGUGUACAUUAGUUCGCUUUUUCCUGUACAGGGAUCUGUGUAUCAUGUUUUUACUUUGUUUCUCCAUCUCAUUAAUAAAACGAGGUGGGCUGUCA